AUGGCCAGUCUGCCUGGCGCCGCCGCGGUCCUUGACCGCCAGGACUGCAGUAAUGGAUGCUGCGGGGAGUACAACAGAGAAGGAGGGUCCACAGAGGUGGCAGAGACCUUUAAGGCUAAAGAUCUAAUCAUCACACCAGCCACUGUUUUAAAGGAAAAACCAGACCCAGGCACGCUGGUGUUUGGAGCCACGUUCACGGACCACAUGCUGACGGUGGAGUGGUCCUCGGAGGCCGGGUGGGAGAAGCCCCACAUCAAGCCAUUCCAGAACCUGUCCUUGCACCCCGGCUCCUCAGCUCUGCACUAUGCCGUGGAGUUACUUGAGGGUUUGAAGGCAUUUCGAGGAGUCGAUAACAGAAUUCGACUGUUUCGGCCCAACCUCAACGUGGAUAGGAUGUACCGAUCUGCUGUCAGGCUAACCUUGCCGGUGUUCGACAAGGAAGAGCUUCUGGAGUGCAUCCAACAGCUCGUGCAGAUUGACCAAGAGUGGGUCCCCUAUUCAACGUCCGCGAGUCUAUACAUUCGCCCCACGAUGAUUGGAACUGAGCCCUCGCUUGGUGUGAAGAAACCUACCAAAGCCCUGCUCUUCGUCAUCCUGAGCCCAGUGGGGCCUUAUUUUUCCAGUGGGACCUUCAACCCCGUGUCCCUGUGGGCUGAUCCCAAAUAUGUCAGAGCUUGGGAAGGUGGAACCGGAGACUACAAAAUCGGAGGGAAUUACGGCGCCUGUCUUCUGGCCCAGUGUGAAGCCGCAGAGAAGGGCUGUCAGCAGGUCCUGUGGCUCUAUGGGAAGGACCAGCAGAUCACUGAGGUCGGAACCAUGAAUCUCUUCCUGUACUGGAUCAACGAAGAGGGAGAAGAAGAACUGGCAACUCCUCCACUAGAUGGCAUCAUCCUUCCGGGGGUGACAAGACAGAGCAUCCUGGAGCUGACCCGGGACUGGGGUGAGUUCAAGGUGUCGGAGCGAGUCCUCACCAUGGAUGAGCUGACGGCCGCUCUGGAGGGGGACAGAGUGAGGGAGAUGUUCGGCUCCGGCACGGCCUGCGUUGUCUGCCCUGUUUCCGACAUACUGUAUAAGGGCCAGAUGCUACACAUUCCGACCAUGGAGAACGGUCCUAAGCUUACAAGUCGCAUCUUCAGCAAGUUGACCGAUAUCCAGUAUGGGCGAGAAGACAGUGACUGGACAGUCGUGUUGUCCUGAAGGAAGAGCUCGGUGUCAGCUGGAUGCUGUCGGGAUGACCGCUUCGAUAGAUUUCCUGUCG